AUGGGUCCUCAGAUGAAGAUUUUCGCAGGGCCCCUGUCGGCCUGCGGCCGGCCAACAUCAGGCCUCUCGGGAUCGCUAGCUACCUUUUCUCUCGCACGAUGCUUCUCUACCACCUCACCCGCACGGGAUUGGCUUACUCCGAAGUUUGCCGAGAAAUCGAAGUCCCCCAAGGGUCGCCCACACGUCGCUACCGGAGGUUCAACUCGUGGCACAACAGUUGUAUGGGGAGACUUUGGCAUCCGCAUGAAAGACCAUGACCGUCGGAUGCCUGCUUCGGCUCUCAAGAUCGCAGAGGAAACAAUCAAGAGGCGGCUUCGUGGGAUGAACUACAAGUUGUACAAGCGUGUCAGCGCCAACAUUGGUGUCUACACCAAGGGCAAUGAGCAGCGUAUGGGUAAGGGUAAGGGUAAAUUCGACUACUGGACCGUUCGGUUGCCUGUCAGCCGAGUAGUGUUCGAGUUGAAAGGAGAUCUGCACGAGAAGGUUGCCCGGGAGGCAUUCAGAUUGGCUGGCCAUAAGCUGCCGGGUCUCUGGGAGUUCGUUAAGAAGGAUGACCCACCCGUCGUUGGAAUCACCAAACUCGGCAACGGCGUGACCAUCGACUCCCUCAAGCGCGCACGCAGGAACCCUCCCCUCGGAACCAACGAUCUCGAGAACCCGCCAAAGACCGCUUCCUCCAGCCCUUCCCCCUCUCCAUGA